AUGGACGAAAAGGUUCCCUCGUACGAAGAGUCCGAGGCCUCCUUUGGGCAGGACAGGAAGCAGCCUCUGCAUGCCAGCCCGCCUCCAUCUCUGCUCCCACAGCACCUUGCAGAAACAAGGACACAACGCAUCCAGUCCAUUCUCACUGCAUACGUCGACCCUCUCCUCUUCUCCCAGGGCAGCGACGGCCUAUACAAGACCACCUUCGUCCUCGUCCCUUCUUCCGUCGCCAGUCUCCAGGACGCCGCCGGCAAUGCAGCCGCCGCCACCCCACAGGAGCCCCAGGUCAUGGGCUUCCCUUCCGACGAGGUGGUCAAGCUCGUCCGUCUCCAGGGCCAGGGCCACACCAUGGAGUUUUGGCGACAGCCCGCCGUCAUCGCUGAGCUGGACUCCGCCUUGCGUGCCCGGCUCGCAGCGUCCGGCCACCGAAUCUACGAGCAGCCCACUGACGCCGCCGCCGUCUCUGAACAUGAGCCGGAGCAGCACAGUCAACAGCAGCAGCAGCCGGCACCCGCACCAAAAGGAAAGCUGAGACGCUCCUUUUGGCGACUGGCUGGGGGUUCGGAUGACACGAUCAACGACCAGAAGCUGGGCUGGCGUGCCGAGGAGCCGGCCGACGAAGCCAGGAAGAUUCCCACGGGCCUGGUCAAGGUGACGAUCGCCUGGAAAGAGGUUGCUCUGCGCAUUUCCAACGAGAUGGGCCUUUACGAUACCCAGCGAGGGCCGGCGCUCUGUCUCACUGUCGAAGUUGGCUCGUAG